AUGCAGGAUGGAGAGGCGCAGAGCAAGAACUUCCAAGACCUUCACCCUCAAGCAACUGGCAAACAACCUCUCUUAACACUAUCUCUUCACGCACUCCUCUUGGAGCUCAUCACGAUGGUCAACCCCCUCUACGUCGUCUACGCUCUCUCCGCCAUCGCAGGAGUUGAGGCCUGCAAGAGAACCUGCUCUGCUUCCAACGACGCCGGCACCACCUGCAGCUACUCAUGCACGCAGGUUUGCUCCAGCAUCUCUGCCAAGCAAGCUCGCGAUACCUUCCUCGCGGCUCUCCAGUCUGGAGGCAACUCGUGCUCUGCUGUUGGAACUAGUGGUGUCUCGUGCAGGAAGACGGCCAAGUUUGGAAGCUGCUACGAUCAUCACUGGUCAUGUGGCAGUGGCUGCUAG